GGCAUACAGGACGCGGGAUAACGUGGUUAUCUCUAUUCAGCAUGACGCCAAAUUACCAAAAGUGGCUGUUGUUACGAAAAAGAAAACGCUUUUCCUUGUCAGUACAUUUUGCAAAGAUGGUGAUAAGUGAAAUUUCCAGGCGCAAUUUCCCGAAUAGUAUCCUUGCAUAUGUUUAAAAUAUGAAAACCGACAAGUCACUAUUGUGUGCCUAGUGGCGGCGCUCCUAUGCUCUGGUUGGCCCGGUGUUAUCUGAUAGCUUGACUCCACAUCACGUGCGGUCCUCAGUCCUUGUUCUCCCUCUCACAGCCAUGGACGGUAACAAGCGCAUCUGCGGCAUUAAAAAGUCGAGCAUUUUCCGCAAAAAUAAUCUAGUUGAGACCCAGUUUGCUGACCUGGGACGGUCGGAAGAUGGAGAUUACAUUCGACGCCUGGCCUACUGCAAGAUCGAGGGGCCUCGCAGGCCUGGGCUGAUCUAUGUGCCAGGGUACUUUGCCCGAAUGAACAUCGCCAAAGCCAACAUUCUGGAAGAGUUCUGUGCGAUGCACGGUCAUCCAUUCGUCAAGUAUGAUUCAGAAGGUGUCGGUCAGUCCAAGAUGCCUGAUUCGGCACAGCUGAGUUUCAAAAAAUGGUACGAGGAUGCCUGCUAUGUGAUGGAACAUCUCACCGAUGGUCCUCAGAUGAUUAUAUCGUCCAGUAACGGAGCGUGGAUGGCCACUCUGCUGGCUGUAAAUUAUCCGGAGCGAGUCCACAGCCUCCUGCUGAUUGGUUCGGCCGUCAACCAGUGUCUCGAUGAUGACGUCUUCGAGAACAUCGUCUCCUCGCUUGACGAAGAGACGGCAGCUCGGGUACGCGAUGGUAAACCGAUCCGUUUCAAAGCCAACUGGGUGGGCGAAGUAACCGCCUCCAGACACUUCCUCGAUGAAAUGAAGGCGGUUCGACUGAACGAAGAGCAACUCGGUAGCAUCCGCUGUCCGGUGCGGAUCGUCCAUGCGAUCGACGACACCUCUUCCCGUUGGGAGAACACCAUUCAACUGAUGGAAGCCAUCGGGCACGAUGACGUCCGCAUCUACCUCAAGAAGCGGGGCAACCACCGCAUGCUGGAUGAUGAGGACCUGCACCUGCAGAUCAGGACGGUGGAGGAGCUGCUGGAAAACUACCCGGUUCCGGAGGGUCCGGCGGGCACCAGCAGACUGUAGAGGUCAUACGAGUGUCGGUAGAUUUCACCGGAGGACGGUGGAAAGAUCGAUGGAAGUCUGUAGAGAUCAUCCAUGGAGUCGCAACUCAAUAGAUCCUUUGGAGGAUGGGGUUGAAGUAAAUGUAGAUGCAUGUAGAGAUCACCUAUUGGAGUCGAAUUUCGAUAAGAAUUUCGAUAAGCUACAUUAUAGAAUGGCGGAGCUCAAUGCGGGUAGAGGCUGGUAGAGGUGUGUGCUGUAUAGAUUGAAGAGAUAAUAAACGAUGCCGCUAUUCGCUAGGCUACCUCAGAGCACAACGGUUCAGUCAGCGUGUGUAUGCACUAUAUGUAUGUACUCGUAUAUUGUAUAUGAUAUAAAUGUUUUUAGGUUGACUUCGCUGACUGAAGGGUGACCGUUUCUAAUAGUCAUCAGGCGUGACAGGCUGUCAGAAUUUCAGCAUGCCGUUAAUACGAGUUGUUCGGUUUCUUGCAGUGAAGCCUUCUUAUUAUGGGUUCAGUGCAAUGUAUUUGGUGUAUUUACUAUUUGCAGAUAUAGAAUAUCGUGUUAAGUGUAUGCGUACUAGAUCUAGAUAUGGUGACAUACCUGUUAAGCUGGCGCAAAACGGUGGCGUAAUUUGCAGUAUAAAGCUUUAUUGAACAUUUAUAAAUCAUGGCAGCAACAAAAACCCUGUUCGUGGUCAUUCGAAGAUUGUGUAUGUGAAAGCCCUCAGCUUCCAACAAUAAAAUUAAACCAUGAUUACCUAGACAUUUUGAGAAAGAUCUUCGGAAAUCGUCUUGUAAAUUUGAGAUGAUGAAAGCCUUCACUUUCAUGCUAUCUAAUUGUCAGCGUGAAAUAAAACGCAUAUUCCUGGGA